GGACCUAGAUCCGGAUUCUGAUUUGUGAUUUGUUCCCUAAUUGACCUAGAUAAAACGACUGACUAGCAAGCCCCUGUAGCCGCAGGCACACGGGAUGAAACAGAGCAAGUGAACUCAUUGCGAGCAAUUCUCUCAUUUUGUUCAGUAAUCCCAUUUGCCAUUGUGCCCGUCCAAUCCGUGGUGUACUCCUCGCAUGUUAGGCAUUUAACUUGCCUGACUUUUGAAUUUCAUCAUUCUCCCUUCCCCCACACUUCCACACACAACCGCGCCCCCCCAACCCCCAACCCCGACACCCUCUCACCCCCACCCCACAGUUUCUCUUCACUGCCUGGCGCCGAGUGGAAGAUGUGUCGGUGUCUGUGCUUCGAGGAGUGGGAGAGCUGAUCCUGAGGUUUACAUUUUUAGUUGCCCGUUGCUAUGAGCUGUCGGGGAAUCAGUCCGUCGCCGGAAGAAAGGUGAUUGAACCGACAGGGCCGCUUUCUGGGGCUGAGCAAGAGAGAUACUCCUCGCAGCCCAUACGACGCUGAACGAUACCAUGCCGGACAAAGUGACUGGGGCCCAGGGCACAGCUCCCGUCAAGGUCUCUUCAUUUUUCAUCGAGAACCUGCUGCGAAGUAAUGGCAAAGGGAGGCAGGAAGACAGCAAGGAGGAGAGUUCGCAGAGAGCUGCUCCCAGAGCCGGCUUUUACCAUCAUGGGAUUGCGGGGAACCAUUGCGGGCAGUUCUGCUGUCAGCUCUGCAGCCUGGCUCUAUGUACACACAACUCUCCGCUCAGGGAAAGCAUGCUGCAGUGGUAUACGCAAACACAGCCCAGAUGUGCGGGAUGUGCCAGUCCAAACAGUCCGAAACAAGAAAGUCCUAGUUCCGAGGAAGAGCAAUGUUUUUUCCUCCCGGCCAGUGACCUGGACUCCCCGCCAGUUUCGGACAAAGGGGACAGCCGCAAGGACAUCUGCAGCCAAGAGGAAGGCGAGCUACUGGACGGGAAGAAGUCAGAGGCAGACAGCAGCCCGGCUGCCAAUAGCCAGGCGGACUCUGACCAGAAAUCCAGCCGCAAAAAGAAAACGCGCACCGUUUUUAGCAGGAAUCAGGUUUUCCAGCUAGAGUCCACGUUUGACAUGAAGCGCUACCUGAGCAGCUCCGAGAGAGCGGGUCUGGCCGCUUCCCUUCACCUGACCGAGACUCAGGUCAAAAUCUGGUUUCAAAAUCGGAGAAACAAAUGGAAAAGGCAGUUGGCCGCAGACCUGGAAGCGGUUAACCUUUCUCAGAGUGCACAGAGGAUUGUCAGGGUCCCCAUUUUGUAUCACGAAAACACACCACCCGGCGCCUUAAGAUUCAGCCUGCCGCAAGUAUCCCCUCCUCUGGUCAGCUUCUCAGGCUGUGCAAACUAUCCUCUUACAUCAUUCCCUUCUUCCAUGCCUUUCCUAAGGUCACAAAUGAGUGGGCUUGUCUAGGCCAGGCCCUUCGACCAGAUGGUACAUGGAAGGUGUAAGUGACACCAAGAGAAAAAUGAAACGAAACGCCUUUGGUUUAACUUCAACGCUUAUGUUUUUUUUCUCUAACACUUUUAGUUGGUGCAAAUGUGCAAUAACUUGCUCUGGGGCGCUAUUGCUGCAGUGCCGGACAGGAAAUUUGUGUUCCUUUACAUCCAAAGAAAUAGUUGCAGUCUUGAAUACGAUGAUUUCCGCAUUCACGGCUGUGACCACGUCAUAAAGCAACCCGCCAUGCCCAUGGACCACUAAUAUAUAAAAGAAUAACUUUAUAGCUAAUUUCUUUAAAGUCUCCUUUGCUUUUUCAAUAUAUUGAUGUGUUAAGCAUUAGUUUGUUUUACUGUUAGGUUAGAACGGGCGGAGAGGACUGCAGAGCAAAUUCAAAAUGCUCACUGGGAUUUUAGUACAUAUGAAUAUUAGUUCCUGGGCCUUCUUGAUUUUAUUAUUUUAAGUCGAUGUAGCUAACCACAAUUAUAUUAUCGGAGGAAAAAAUUUGCAAUAAACGCUGUUCAAAUCCUUGAAAAGCAAGCAAGCUUGUGUUUGAAUCAACUCAUCAUUCAUCAUCACGUCAUUUGACUUAAUAUCGAGCUGUUGCAGAACCGCCAGGAACGCUGAUUGCCUUCAUUUUAUUUCACAUUGUACCUUUUAUUUAAUCGUUUGGACUUAAAAAUCGCAUAUUUUCGCACCAAUUCGAGUGAGUUAUGGUCUCGUCCAUAAGACACGAUAAACAUUUAUCCUGAUGUGAUGCAAUAACGUGGAACAAUAUUUCUUUCUAGCUUUACAAGUUGCUAAUCUGAUAAGAAAGCUAAGCUUCAUCUAUGCAACAGGUUGAUUGUUUAAUGCAGUAUGGCCAAACUGUACUUUGCACUUAAAGGUCGAAAAGAUAACAUCACACGCAUUUGUUUGUUCUUGUUGAGGUGACUUACACACUGCUGUAGAUUUAAUCAAAGCAGCGGAUACUUGUCCGAAAAAUUCUCAGUCUUAUUCAUGACUUCAGGUUUUAUUGUGAAAUAUUAGUGUGUUAAGACAUUUUAUAUGCAAUGCAUGAUUGUUAU